AUGAAAUCAAUGGUAGAUUCUAAACAGAAAUCGUUUAUUGAUUCAUCGACGCAACGACAAGAAGAAGUCACCCAGCUAUUUAGAACGAGAAAAAAACCAAUGCUUAUGGCUAAAUUAAAUGAACUAAACGAGACAUUGAAACAAUGUGAUUUGCCAAAUGGAGGUGAAGUACUUUCAGAAGAUAAACUACCAGUCGCGAAUGACGAUGGUAUUAGUAUCCAUGAACUGACAGUCAUUAAAAAAACAGAAGAAAAGAAUAUGCAGACCGAUUUACAAAUGAUAGACAUCGCUAGUGCUAUAUCGAAAGGUGCUGAUAUGUGUGGAUUCAUUGCACCUCUUAACGUUUUUGAUGAAUCUGAAUACGAUGCAUCCGAUGUAUCUUCCAGUUUGAGUGAAAACCAGGUCGAUAUUUCAUUAUUUCGGUCAAAUAACACUAUGUUUAUUGCAUAUACUGUUGAUAUUCUUGCAAGUGAUGGCCAAGGUAUUUUAUAUAGUUCAGAAGACUCAAAUUUACUUGUUUAUCAGUAUUGUGACAAGGAAUUCGAAACAACUAGUGCCUGGUAUCAUUCAUCCAUUGUUGACAUGAUUUGGUGUUCAAAUGUUAACGCAUAUUUGUGUUCAACACUUGAUGGUAUUUACAUCGUCCGGUUUAAUUUGCUCGCGUACACGAUAGAUUUUAAUGCAGCACAUAUGAAAAAGUUUGGUGAAGGAAGUAUAAGUUUUUGUGUAGACGACAACAUUUUCGCGUCAUUGAAUACACCUAAACAGCGUAAUUAUGCGGUAUUUCGUGUCACAUUUUGUGAUAUAAAUUCAUGGGAAGAAAUACGCACUAUUAUGUUAGGCAGUUGUGACAAAGAUGAAGAGGUUGAAAUACGUAGUGAUACUAAUGGAAAUUUGUUUAUCUCAAGUGGUUUGAAUAUGUUAUGGAUUGUUAAAGAAACUGGAAAAAAAUGUAGUGGUAUUGAUGAUAAUGACACUCAUUAUCCAAUGCAUGAUCCAAAAUUACUGGUGAAUGUUUUAAAUUGUGUCAAUUCAAUCAAAAAACGUGUUUUAGAAGAACCAACAACUCCAAUACCUCAAAUCUAUGAUCAACAAGUGAAAAAAUUUAGAAGGGAGAAUGGAAGUGCUGCCACGGUUCCAGUAUUUGAUUCUAUUAGACAAUCAUUAUAUUCCACUCGUUUAUCCGUAUUCCCAUUAUUACCAAAAACAUUACAAUCACUCGUUAUACCUCAACAAAUGGCUUGUUUUUAUUCAAUGGCAUCGUUAGAAAUUCUAGGUAAAAGUCAACACUGGAAUGCUGAUGGGACCUUUCGUACGGCACCAAAAAUAUUUUAUCAAUCAUAUAGUAUACAUACAUGGGAUAAAUUAAGUAUGAAGCCGAUUGUUCAUGCAGCUUUACCAAAUAAAAAUGAAGCAUCAUAUGAAAUUUUACUUGAUCGCUUAUUAUCAUACGCAACACAACAAAAUGUGGCAUUAAAUCCGCAGUCAAUUUUAAUUGAUUUUCAAGUUGCUUCAUGGAAUGCUUUCUCGCAUAAGUUUCCAACAGCUAUGGUGAAAGGUUGUCAUUUCCAUUUUGCCCAAAACAAAUGGAAAAAGAUCAGGAAGUACAGCUUAGCAAAAUUAAUCCUAAAUACUGACAACUCACGUCGGCAGCUGGCUAAGCUGAUGGCUCCAACUGAGGUAAAUGAAGCAUUUUCAAGUUUAAUAGAAUCAUUCUCCGAACUUGGUGAUAAAUGCAUCAAAUUGACUGAUUAUGUGUUGAAAACACCACGUACCAAUAAUCAUGUCGGAGGUUAUCAUAGGCAAUUGAAUUCGCAUUGUGAAAUACAUCCACAUCUUUGGGCGUGGAUCCAUUACAUACAGGAAAGUGAAGAGUCGACAAUGUCACGAUACGAACAAGAACGAGCACAACAACGUAUCACACGUCCAAGAAAGAGAAAAACGGUGAAUAAUGACCUCCGAUUAACCGAAGCAAAGAAGAAUUAUUUUAAUGGACGCUUGGAUUUAGAAGAUUAUCAAGCAAUAUUACGAUCAUUAAGCUACCGUUAUAUAGUUGUGUUAGAUAAUGAUUCUAAUUCUAAAGAUGAUGAUAAGUAUGAACCUAAAAUAUAA